AUGGCGGCGGAACCGGCAUCAGAGAAGCACAGCUCGCCUGCAAAGGCAACAGCGGCGGCCCAAGAUGCACCACCGCUGACUGCAAAGGCACUCUCGCCCUCGCGGCCCACGCUCUAUGCCAUCUUGCUGGCCGCCUUUGCCCUCCGCAUAGCCAUCUUCGCCUACACCGACGUAUCUGCCCAGCUGCAAUCCAGACCCGAGCUCAGCACACCAGUCAACAGCUGGGGUUCGCUGCUGGAAGCCCACUACCUCCAUCGCAACCCGCCCACCUCUUCCGCUGCCCGCCACGCCCGCCGCCCGCACCUCGAGCACGUCUCGGCCUACCACUCGGGGACCAUACAUCACUCUCCGCUGCUCCUCCCGCUGCUCAGCAACGCUCUAUCGCGCCAUCUUUCCGACCCGCGCGACCUCGUCGCACCUUUGCUGUGGUCCUUGGCAGAUGUUGCCGCCGGCUAUUUCGUCUUUCGCAUCUGCCUCACUCGUGAGACGGCCGCCCUGGUCCGCAAGACUCACCUCUGGCCAUGGGACCGGUCCCGAGCCAAUAGAGCGGCUCUCAUCUACCUCUUCAACCCAUACACGCUGGGCGUCUGUCUCGCCCGGAGCACGGCUGCAAUCGAGAACCUCGCGAUCCUGGCCUCCGUGUACGCAGCAAUGACUGCGUCGGCCCUACUCAUGAGCGUCUCGUGGGCCUUUGCUUCAUUGUUGUCCCUCUACCCGGCGCUGCUGCUGCCGCUGCUUUGCCAGCUCUGCGUCAAACGUGCGGGCGAGGCGGAAUACGAGAGCGAGAUCUCGCACUUCGCCCAAAAGACGGAAGGCUCGCUGGACGUCAAGAGGGCCCGUCGACUGGGCUUCCUGGUUGAUCGCAUGCGAAAAGCCAAGCGCUGGGCGCUGGUCAAGCUGCUCGUCUUGUGCCCGGCCAUCUUGGUCGCCGGUGUCGUCGCCUCCAGGGCUAUCGCGCUCAACCCGGGAUCGAAGCUACCGUUCCUCGAGGCCGUUGUCGAGAGCCUCGCUCGGCCUUGGGAAGAGGGCUGGGAAUGGGCUGAGCGCGUCUACGGCGUCAUCCUCCUGGUCACCGACCUGACGCCCAACCUCGGCCUAUGGUGGUACUUCUUCAUCGAGACCUUUGACCACUUCCGCACCUUUUUCUUGCUCACGUUCAACGUCCACGUGGCGGCCUAUGUCGUGCCGGUGCUGAUCAAGUAUCGCCAAGACCCGCUGUUCGGCCUGACGGUCAUGCUCGGGAUCAUUGCAGUGUUCAAGAGCUAUCCGACGGUCGGCGAUCACGCUCUCUUCCUGUCGCUCUUCAGCCUGCACAGCCAGAUCUUCGAAUAUCUACGAUAUCCGCUGGUCUCGACGCUGCUCUACGCGUACUGCACGCUGCUCUCGCCGGCCUUCCACCAUCUCUGGCUCGUGGCGGGCUCGGGCAACGCCAACUUCUUCUACGCCAUCACGCUGGUGUGGGCGCUCGGUGGCGGGAUGCUGCUGCUCGACAUGAUAUGGGCCUGGGGCCGCGAUCGGUGGGAGCGCGAGAGGCCGCCGAUCCGGUCGAAGAAGGCGGACAGGAUCGCGGCGACGGCAGAGAGCGAUGCGGACGCGGGCGCAGCCCUGACGGAUGACGGCAAGGGCUCGUCUGUGGACCGCGCGUCCGCCGAGGUCACCGCCCUCAAAGAAGCUGCAUCGGCGCGGAGGCGAGUUGUAGUGCAGAUCUAG